AUGGCCAAUGCUGCCUACGGAGGUGGAGGCGAAUGCGGCGACGACGUGACGACGAGCAACGACAAGACGACGGGGCAAAGAGCAUGGCUGCAGAGCGGGGAGGAGCGCGUGAGCUGGUACGACAGAAGCAUCAAGCGGCCGGUGGAGAAGGCGUAUCAGCGGUACUUCAUUGAGCUGGUGUUGCGAGAGAAGGCAUUGGCCUCGUCAAGAGAUGGCAGACACGUCCCACUAAGCGUUGGGGAUGAACGGCUUCUGGUAGAUGAGCGUCGCGGGCAUGGCUACAUCUCGAAUAGCAUCAGGUCCAGUCGAUACACCCUCUGGGACUUCCUACCGAAUCAGAUCAUCUUCCAAGCCACACGCCUUCACAAUGCCUUCUUCAUUUGCAUCGGUGUGCCGCAAACCAUACCAGGCCUCAGCACGACGGGAAACUACACGACCAUUAUACCUCUAUUAUUCUUCAUCCUCCUGACAGUCGUCAAAGAAGGCUACGAUGAUUGGUGCAGGCAUAGGUUAGACAAGGUUGAGAACAACAGCUUCGCCGAGGUCCUCAAGUCCAAACACGAUCAGGACACUACAUCCGGAACGUGUCUUUCGCGAGCCCUGUCGACGAUUCCAGACCCGUCGACAUUCCCAUGGAGCUCGAAAUCUGGUGCCGUGGGUCAGGUUGUGGAAGAGAAGGAUCCAGACGAAGACGAUGAUCAUGCUUGGGCGCCGAUCAAAUGGCAUAGCAUAAGAGUCGGCGACAUCCUCAAAUUGAAGCGUGAUGAUCCGGUCCCCGCAGACAUCGUGCUACUGCAUGCUACCGGCGAGGACGGCGUCGCAUACAUUGAGACAAUGGCCUUGGACGGCGAGACAAAUCUGAAGACGAAGCAGGCUCCCGGAUCGCUACAGCAGCAAUGCCGUUGCAUCGGCGAUCUCAAGAACUGUCAAGCCAACUUCGUGCUGGAAGAUCCAAACAAGAACCUCUACGAUUUCAACGGCAAGGUCACACUCAACGACAAGACAUUGCCAUUGACGCUGAAUGAAGUCGUGCUUCGUGGCAGCACUUUGCGGAACAUAGACCGCGCGAUUGGGAUCGUUAUCAAUACUGGCGAGGAGUGCAAGAUUCGCAUGAAUGCUAAUCACCAUCCUAAAGCGAAAAGACCUCGGUUGGAACGAUAUGCCAACCAGGUGGUUUUGACUCUGAUUUUCUACGUUGUCGUGCUAUCCGUAGGACUCUCUGUCGGUUACAUACUUUGGCAUGAUCGAUUCGAGACUGGAGCCUGGUACCUGAACAAUGGGUACCCUCAAUUCAAGCAAAUCAUUGUCGGGUUUUUGAUCAUGUUCAACAAUGUCAUUCCCUUGGCACUCUACGUCAGCCUCGAGAUUGUGAAGAUAGGCCAAAUGCUCAUGAUACAGAGCGACGUGGAAAUGUAUGACGAGGAAACGAACACUCCGAUGACUUGCAACACGAAUACAAUCCUCGAGAAUCUGGGCCAAAUCAGCUAUGUGUUGUCUGACAAGACGGGCACUCUGACCGACAACAUCAUGAACUUUCGAGGCUUGAGCUUGGGCGGCGUCGUAUGGAAGCAUGGCGAUGACAGCGAAGGUCAUGGUCCUUCCAAGGAUGUAGGCGCAGUGCUAGACGACAGAACUACUCGAACCUUAGCCAAGGGUGGAGAGUUUGAACUUUCUACCUUCAGGCCAUCUUCGGAUAGACGAGGACUCGUCGUAGAGGAACGUGAAGUAUCUUCUGGCUCGCAUCGAGAAGGCUCUCGGCCUCGUGCCUCAAACACAUUCUCUGUACGAAGAUCAGCUAAUCAUGCAUCGAGGAUAUCCAGGAAAGCGAAAGAGGUCAUUCUGGGAUUGGCAAUUUGUCACACAGCUUUGCCGGAGCUGAAAGAUGGUAACAUCGAAUUUCAGGCAUCUUCGCCGGACGAGUUGGCACUGGUCCGCGCUGCGCAGGAGCUCGGUUUCUUACUGAUCCAGCGCUCAUCGCAAAGGAUAACGAUCAAGGUGACCACGUCAAACUCCGAGCCAGUCGAAGAGUCAUAUGAUAUUCUGGACAUCGUCGAGUUCAGCUCCAAACGGAAACGCAUGAGCAUCAUUGUACGUUGUCCUAACGGCCAAUUGUGGCUGAUAUGCAAAGGUGCCGAUAGUACCAUCAUACCACGACUACGGCAACACGACUUGGCUGCAAGGAAAUCUCAGGAGGUCCGCAGGAGCAUGGACAUCGGACGACGAAUGCAGCGCAAAAGUGAGCACCAGGAGCCCAGAAAUAGCUUCGGCGGCAGGCCUAGUCUCAACAUCAGAGGCAGGAGCUCAGGUGAUGUCCGACCAUCUAUGGAGAUCCGGCGGUCACUUGCGCUGGGACGUGCAACACUUGAAGUACCUCGAGCAAGCCAUGACGUCCGACGCAGCCUAGAGAACGACCUCGAACGCUGCGUAAACGCCGACGACGCUACGCUUUUCGAAAAAUGUUUUCGGCAAAUCGACGACUUCGCUUCAGAAGGCCUGCGAACAUUGCUGUAUGCGCACAAGUACCUGAGUCCUGCUGAAUACAGUGCUUGGAAUAAGACAUAUCAGGAAGCAACCACCUCGCUUGUUGAUCGUGAAGAGCGUGUCGAGACCGCAGGCGAGAUGAUGGAACAAGAUCUUGACCUCUUGGGCGCUUCGGCGAUUGAAGACAAACUGCAAAAGGGCGUCCCUGAAACGAUCGACCGCUUAAGGAAAGCUAACAUCCGUGUCUGGAUGCUAACAGGCGACAAACGCGAGACCGCCAUCAACAUCGCGCACUCCGCUCGACUCUGUCUACCGACUUCACUCAUCUACAUCUUGGACUCGACCAAAGGCGACCUCCACGGCCAGAUUAGCUCAGUCGUAUACGACGACGAUGCUCACCGCGUGGCCGUCAUUGACGGCCACACCUUGUCCAUCAUCACAGGACUUCCAGACCUUCGGAACAUGUUCUUCACAGCUCUGAUCGACAAUGUCGACUCUGUUAUCGUCUGCAGAGCCUCGCCCUCGCAGAAGGCGGAGAUCGCUGCUCAUGUUGGUAUCGGUAUAUCUGGGAAGGAGGGUCUCCAGGCUGCUCGCGUGGCAGACUACAGCAUUGCGCAGUUCCGGUUCUUACAGAGGCUUCUUCUGGUGCAUGGACGGUAUGAAUAUGUUCGAACUAUGCAAGCACUGUACCAACGACACAACGGGUACACAGGGACCUCACUGUACGAAUCCUGGAGUUUGACAGCACUCAACACUCUUUUCACGUCUCUGUGCGUGAUAGUACCUGGCAUAUUCGAACAGGAUCUCUUACCAGACACGCUCCUCGCAGUGCCCGAGCUGUACACAUUCGGGCAGAGGAACAAAGGCUUGAAUCUGGGAAUGUACUUCGGCUGGAUGCUCCACGCAGUGGUCAACGCCCUGAUAGCGUGGUUCAUCUCCUGGACAUCGUACGGUCAUUUCAAUGUGAUGGGCGAUAAUGGGCUGUUCGCACUUGGUGUUAUGUGCUUCACUCUCGGAAUCGUCUGGACAAACUGGAAACUCCUGGUAAUAGAAACUCACUACAAAACCAUUAUCGUCGGCGUGAGCCUGGUAAUCACCGUCGGCGGCUGGUUCGCCUGGAACGGGUUCAUGUCAGGAAUCUACUCCAACAACCUAUCCCCCUACGACGUCAAAGGCGGCUUCGGCAAAGUCUUCGGCACCGAAUGGGCUUGGUGGCUUACACUCAUCAUAGCCUUCACGGUUCUGGCCACGAUGGAGAUUGUGUACGGCGCCGUGAAGCGUAACCUGAUCGCGGCUAGAAUGUGGCCACCGUGGAAGUUUACACGGCAUUAUCGGAACCGGAAUCUUAAUGCUGAGGAUAUGGAGCUGGAGCUUUGGCAGGAGAUGGAGCGAGAUCCGAGGAUUAGGGAGCAGUUAAGGGCUAUGGCGAGGGGGGAGGAUGAGUAUAUUGUACAGGAGGAGGAUUGA